AUGUGUGAUUCCCCAAUGUCAAAGCAACACCAACCACAACAACAACAACAUCAUCAACAACAACACCAAAUGAUGGAUUCCAAUAUUAAUGUAUCAUCUUGGACAAGACUACAACCACUCUUGGAGAAAUUUAUUUUGAAAAGUCAUAUAUCCGGAAUGGACAAAGGUUUAGAUAUUUUGUUGCAAUGGUUCGAAAUUAUUUCAAAGAGUUCUGAUAAAAUUAAUACUUUUAAAAGUAUUGUUGGUUUAAGCCCGGAUAUGGCAGAAGAAAGAAAAACAAGAUUAUCAUAUUCUACUUCAUCAAUCUCCGAUUUAAUUGAAAAGAAUAAUGAAGAUAAAAAGAGAUUGGUAAAUGAAGAUGAUAUCUAUGAUUAUAGAAAUAACAAGAGAAUGAAAGUUUCACGUCUUUUGUGUAAUGAAGAUAUGAACGGUGCAGACUCAAAGUCGGAUGACGAGCAAUCAGAGGGCGUUGAAUACGAUGAAGAAAAUAGUUGCCCAGAUAGUUUCGAUAGCCAAUCACCAGAGGACGGUGCCGACGAAUUCGGUGGAAGUGGAGACGAGAAUAACUUACAGAUCGACGAAGAAAGCCAUCACUCGCGUAUGUUGCACGGUCGUCGUGCCUCAGCAAAUGAUGCACUACCCUCAAUGAAGAUGGCUGGACAUCCACAAGCACAAGCACAACAACAACAAUUAUUAAAUCAAAAAUCUGCAGUUGCUGCUGCCGUCGGUGGUAUCGCUCCAUCACCCAAACAAUUGAUGAUCAUCCGCGAAAAGAUGUUGGAAUACGUCCAAAAGAACCCAAGUGCAUCGCGUCCAAGUUGUAUCCAAGUUUGCCAACAGCCAUCGUCCAAAGUCGUAUGGAAGAAUCGUCGUCUCGACACUCCAUUCAAAGUCAAGUUGGAUCUCAAGGUUGCCAGCCAGAUGGCCGGUCAAAAUCUCCAGAUCUCAAACAUCGUUGCACUUGGAAUCGUUACCGAUCACAAAGGAAAACUCCAAAUCGACUCGGUUGAGAACUUCUCAGAGGCAUUCAACGGUCAGGGUAUGGCUGUUUUCCAAGGUUUGAAAAUGACCAAGGGUACAUGGGGUAAGGAGUGGUCACUCACUUUUAUUGCCGUUGCUCGUCCCUCGAACUCCUACAACAAUUCCGUCGUUCUCUCUGUUUCACAGCCAUUUGCCAUCGUCGUCAAGACUCGUAAGAAUCCACAGAUCCGUCACAACUAUUCGAGCGCAUCGGCAGUCGCUCAACACGGUGUCAUGAACUCUGCCAGUGAGAACUCGUCGUCUUCGCCAGAGGCAUCGCCAACAAUGGCACCAAGAAGAGGACGUCUUCCAGCUUCAGCACCAAUGAUGUCACUGCAAUCGCGUGGCGCAUCAUUCCCAUUCUCCAGGGAGAUGACCAGCAAUGAGAUUCGUUUCCCUCAGGACGACAUGGCCAGUCUGCUGUGGGCUGCCGAGAUCAAACAACGUGAACACGUCCCAGUCGACGGAGAGCCAGAGAUCAUCCAACACCCACUGUCCCCAAAAAACAAAUACUCAUCAAUGAUACUAAGUCCCCCAAAACAAACUGCAGUAUCCACAAGAUAA